GCACCGGCACCGGCUCCGCUCGCGCCCCGCGCCGCGGCCCGCCGCCGCCGCCGCCCCCUCCCUCCGCUCCGCCCCGCCCGCCGGCGGCGCCGGGACCCGCCGCCCCGGCAUGAAGGUGCUCCGGCACAAGAUCGAGCUGCUGACAGCCAACACUAGACUGCAGAUCCCUGGGGAAGGGCUGCUGCUGCAGGAGAUGACCAUGGCAGGGCUGCAUGAGCUGCGCUUCACCGAGGAGAAGCCACUGCUGCGGGGCCAGGACGCUGAGCUGGAGAACUCGGAUGUCUUCCUCUCUGCUGUGGACACGGACUGGAAGGAACAUGACAUUGAGACCCCCUACGGGCUGCUGCACGUGGUCAUCCGGGGCUCACCGAAGGGAAAUCGCCCGGCCAUCCUGACAUACCACGAUGUGGGCCUCAACCACAAGCUUUGCUUCAACACCUUCUUCAACUACGAGGACAUGCAGGAGAUCACAAAGCACUUUGUGGUGUGCCAUGUGGACGCGCCGGGCCAGCAGGCAGGAGCCUCGCAGUUCCCUCAGGGGUACCAGUACCCAUCAAUGGACCAGCUGGCUGCCAUGUUACCCAGCGUGGUGCAGCAUUUUGGGUUCAAGUACGUGAUUGGGAUCGGUGUUGGGGCAGGAGCCUAUGUGCUGGCCAAGUUUGCGCUCAUCUUCCCCAACCUGGUUGAAGGACUGGUCCUCAUGAACAUCGACCCCAACGGCAAAGGCUGGAUUGACUGGGCAGCUGCCAAGCUCUCUGGCCUCACCAGCACACUGCCGGACACUGUCCUGUCCCACCUGUUCAGCCAGGAAGAGCUGGUGAACAACACAGAACUGGUGCAGAGUUACCGGCAGCAGAUCAGCAGUGUGGUGAACCAGUUCAACCUCCAGCUCUUCCUCAACAUGUACAACAGCCGCAGGGACCUGGACAUCAACCGGCCUGGGACUGUGCCCAAUGCCAAGACACUGCGCUGCCCCGUGAUGCUGGUGGUCGGAGACAAUGCGCCUGCUGAAGAGGGGGUGGUGGAGUGUAACUCCAAGUUGGAUCCCACCAACACCACCUUCCUGAAGAUGGCUGACUCCGGUGGGCUGCCCCAGGUCACACAGCCCGGCAAGCUGACCGAAGCCUUCAAGUACUUCCUGCAAGGCAUGGGCUACAUCGCCCACCUGAAGGAUCGGAGGCUGAGUGGAAGCACAGUGCCAUCUGCCAGCAUGACCCGCCUGGCACGCUCCCGCACGGCCUCCCUCACCAGCGCCAGCUCAGUGGAUGGCACCCGCCCACGUGCCUGCACCCACUCGGAGAGCACCGAGGCCAUGGGGCAGAUCAACCACACCAUGGAGGUAUCGUGCUGAGGUCCACACCCGCUGCCGACGUCUCCUCCAGAGCCAUCUCCCAUCUGUCAGCAUCCUGCCAGCACCCACCUGCCCCAUGGACAUCCUCUACCAGGGCCCUCGCUCCUUUGGGAUCGAUUUGUCUUCUUUGCUGUUGGCCUCAUCCCUUUGUCUGGUGCCAGAGAAGGAGAGGGGCUUCACUUCACUGCCUCCUGGCUCCGGCUCCUGGCUUUGUCCAGCAGUCACACAUGGUUCUGCAUUGGUCCUCACCCUCCCUAGCACUGGCUUGGCCCUGGCUUGGGAGGGUGGGUGGCAGGGGGACAGGGCCAGGAUGAAGGAGCAGGAUGGGGUGGUGAGAUGGGGAUGGGAUGGUGCGAUGGGGCAGGACAGCAGGCUGUGGGCAGGACAGCAGGAUGUGGAGAGGAUGCAGAAGGUAGAUUGAUCCCCCAAGGUCAACCGACGGCUGGCCAAGCCAGAAGGAAGACAGGAACAGGGAGUGGUGCUCACUGGGAGGUCACUGGGCCCUUUCCUGGGGAUGCAUCUUCCAUUUGUCCCUGCUGGCCCUCCCUGGGGAGAGCUAGCAUGGGAUCCCCCAGCACACCCAGGACCUGGUGUCCCGGAGCCGGCUGAGCAUUGUGAGAAGUUGCACCCCAAACUGUCCUCUCACCGUGGUCAUGUACCCUGAGGGCUGCUCCGGGGCAGGGGUAGAGGGCUCAGCCCUGCUCCAGAAGCCAACAGGGCAGGAGGGUGGCAUGGGUGUCCUGCUGCCUCUGCCCACACCCUUGCCCGUGGUGGCACUUCCUUGGUCCCUUGUUGCAAGAAGGAGAAUCACCACCUGCCACCAGAAAUGCACCAGAGGGGGAAGGGGGGCUGUGUGUCCUGGCUUGCUCUGUCCCUGCCACACCGGCAGUUCCACUCGCAGCUCUUGGGCUGAGGCCGCCAGGGCUCAGAGGCCACCGGCUUUGGGGAAAUCACAUGGCAAAUCCCCCCUCCAGUUUCGCCACAGCCCGUGGGUGUCGCCGCAGUGGAGCCAUUAGCAAUAAGAUGAGACACUCCUCCCCUGCAAUUCUGAGGAGCCCUCAGCACUCUCCGCCCUGCAGGGUGCAUCACUGCAAGGUGCUGGCAGUGUGGGGUGACCCAUGGAAUGUGGGGAGCACCCCAGUGUCUGGUUCUGCCCGUAGGCUGGCUUUGCCCACAGAGCUGGCCAGACCCACCAUGGCCCCCCCAAAUCCACUCCCUCCCCAGCAUCUUGCCUGCGCACUGAGCGGGGCGUCUCUCAAGGGCUUGGCUCUCCCCGAGCCACGGGGCCCCAUCCGGCCACCAGCUACAGGUGGAUCCAGCCUCUUGCGCUCGGCACGGACAGCCGCGUCAUCGCGUAACCCCACCAUCAGCCACCCAGCCUCUGCUGCUGUCCCUGGCCCACCCCCCCAGCAGCAGAGCCCGGCUCCUCCUGCACCUGGGGUGAGGGAGCCCCUGGCUCUGGCAAUGGGUGCUCAGGUCUUUGCGGGUGGUCCGUGGGGGACCCGAGCAGGGACCUGUAGGGGACCCACUGGUUGCCACCAUCUGGAUGAGCAGAACCAGCCCACUGGGAGCAGGUCCCACCCAGCGCCCCAAAAGCACUUGCCCCCCAGACCCCGUGCCUGCUGCCCAGCAAGGAGCACAGGUGUCCCAGGGCUACCAGUGAGUGUAUGAGGGCUUUUGGCCCUGAGACCUGUGCCCCACCCAGCCCCUCCCACAUUGAAUGGCUACCCCGAAACACCAGUGUCCCCAUUUGUCCCCCACUUUGUUCUGCCGUGUGCUUCCUUCUCAGUGUGACUCUGAAAGCUAUGUAGCUCCUUUUUACUGUAGAUACCGCUGCGAUCUCUUGUUUUCUCAGCGUGUCCUUCCAGAUGAUAUAUAUAUAAAUACCUAUACAUAAUAUAUAUAAGGGUUUGUCCGGUCCCUGACCUUUUUGGGUUAAUUCCCUGUUGUAUUCUCAUCCAAGUGGUGCUGUGUGGUUCCGCUGGAGGUGGUCUGGCCGUGCUCGCCUUUGGUUCCUCACCUUGGUUUUGUUGGUUGGUUUACUUUUCCCUGGUGGUUUGUUCUUUUGAUUUUUGUUGGUUUUCCUUUUUUCCCGGUCACAGCGGAAUUUAAUGCAUUUUCCAGUCUGAGCGCAACCUUGUUUCGUUACGGCGGCAUCAAGGCCGCAGCACUCACGAGACGGCAAUACGUAAACCGGAUUUAACUAACUUGUUGCUGUAGAGAGGAUUUACUGUGUUGGAAAAAAACCAACAAACUAAUAAAGAUGUUAAGAACCUGC